AUGUUUAUUUAUUACACAAUAGUCGUAGCGAUCGGUGCUUUUCACGUUCACGAGGCGACGCAUUCUUCGGGUCUUUUGGCGUUGAGUUUUGUAAUCGUUUUGAUGUCGGGUUUAUGUGUGGCCGCCUCUGUCUUCCUAUUGGUCGGCUUAUCGGUCGUAAUUCCGUUUAAAAACAAACCGAUUCUCAAGGAUUGCAAACAAAUGCUUUUGCCGUGGAUUUGCAUAAUUCUCAUGACCACUCUCUUCGACAUUCUCUACACUGUUCUGUGGCUUCUCGAGAGCUUUCGAAAAGAGAAGAAAGAAGAAAAUCAUUAUUUCGUCGUUCUUGUCAUCGAUAUAAUAAUGUGUGCUUUCAAUUUUUACGGAAUAAUUUGCGUCGUCUCGCAGUACCAAAUAUACAGACAACAAAGCGUUCCUCAAAACAAAAACAUUUUGCCUCCGAUUGAGUUCCGUUUGAUUCAGUUUCAAAACUCUCGCGAAAAAAGCGACAAAACGAACGAAAAGAACGAAAACUGCUUAAAAGUGCCGAAACUGUUCGACAGUUCAAGCGGUUCGAGUGCCGUUGAAGACAUAUCCGACGGUUCAUUGUUGACAACAAUCGACGAAAAGACGGACAACAAUAACGAGAAACAGAAUUACGUCUCGAAUCGGCUUUUAGUGCAAAAUUUGUCUUUUCAGAACAUUUGUUACGAAAUUGUCAUUUUUUAUUCUCAUAUCAGAGAUAAGAGAUCUAGUUAA